CAAGAGGGAGUACACCAAUAUAAUUGGUUUUACGAUACACCCGCCUUUUGCUUAUUGGACGCACGCACUGUCAUUUAAGACACAAGCACAGUUUCUGAGGCAGUACGGAGACGCAAGAAAGCUUACUUGUUCUAGCGUUGAAUUCGCUCACGUCCUUAGAAAUUCUUAGUUUGAAGCCAUGGUAACAUACAGCUAGCUAGCUCUGGCUAAAGUGGUUGAAAUUGGACGGUCAUCUUAUUUUUUAUUUCGCUUCUUGGAGAUUUGUGGAUGUUCAUAGCAGGAUUUGGGAAAGGUUCCAGUCUCUUAGACGUCACCUUGAUGUACAGAAUGCCCACUGACUGUGUGCUGUGAGACGAACGCAGCUGAAUGGCUGGUAACACACACAUGCAUAUUACCAAUGAAGACACUGAAGAUGCCAGUGAGACCGAUCUGGCAAAACACGAUGAGGAUGAUUACGUUGAAAUCAAAGAACAGAUGUACCAAGAUAAAUUGGCAUCACUCAAACGACAAUUGCUGCAACUCCAAGAAGGUGGUACACUGCAGGAGUAUCAGAAGAGAAUGAAGAAACUGGACCAGCAGUACAGAGAGAGACUGCGCAAUGCAGAUCUUUUCCUGCAACUUGAGACGGAGCAGGUAGAGAGAAACUACAUCAAAGAGAAGAAAGCGGCGGUGAAGGAGUUUGAUGAUAAGAAGGUUGAGCUGAAGGAAAACUUAAUUGCCGAGCUGGAGGAGAAGAAGAAGAUGAUCGAGAACGAGAAAUUAACAAUGGAGCUGACAGGGGAUUCCAUGGAAGUAAAACCCAUCAUGACGCGGAAGCUGAGGAGAAGACCCAACGAUCCCGUCCCCAUCCCAGAUAAACGGCGGAAACCGGCACCUGCUCAAUUAAACUAUUUGCUAACAGACGAACAGAUAAUGGAAGACCUACGGACACUGAACAAGCUCAAGUCACCCAAACGUCCAGUUUCUCCUUCAUCUCCGGAACACCUUCCCGCCAUUCCUCUGGAAGCGCCGGCGCAGCGGUACGAGGCGCGCAUCGAGGAGGGAAAGCUCUACUACGAUAAAAGAUGGUACAACAAGAGCCAGGCCAUUUAUCUGGAGUCGAAGGAGAACACCAAGAUCAGCUGUGUCAUCAGCUCCGUGGGAACAAACGAGAUCUGGGUGAGGAAGACGAGCGACAGCACGAAGAUGAGGAUUUACUUGGGACAGCUACAGCGGGGAGCGUUCGUGAUCCGCCGCAGAUCGGCCGCGUAGAGGUCACACGUGUCCUUCCUCCCCCCCCUUUCACUGUUAGCAUCAUGUGACCAUCUUCCCCCACUCUUGUCGCCUGAGGACGUCUUCUGUCCCGAGAAACCACCAUCUGACCCCGUCAGCAGGGAGACGCGCAGAGGUCAAGACUUCACGCAGGCCUAAAAAAGAAAACAAAAUUUAAAAAAACUUUCUUUCUGACUGACUGACGUUUCCUCCUCCUGGCAUAACCCACGGCCAUAGAAACCUUUUUAACUUUUUUUUUUUUUUGUGUGUUUUUGUUUUUGUUUUUUAAUUCCUUCCUUGGUCACUAGGUGAUCUGGUGUCGAUUGUCUUUCUCUGCACCUUUCAUAUGCCCACAGUAUGCAAUACACUCUCCUCAUUGAUUCAUGAGUUCAGACAAUUUCCCCAUUUCACAUCGUCCUGCUUUUCAUGGAAAUCAUGUUACAUUCGAGCCUGUCGGAGCUUCGUUGUCAGUUGGGAGGUAAAUCUAGGAAGCUUUAACGUUUGUAUCGUCUCCUGUUUGUAUCUUGCAUCGUUUUCUUUUUUUUUCACCCCUCCAAUACCCUGUAUUUUAACCCUACCUACUUUUUCUUUUGGUCUUUGAAAUUGAUGGAAAAAGAGUGUAUACCAUAUAACCGUUUUGAAUUUGCUUUUUAAAGGUUUUACUUUUUGUAUGUGUAUAAAAAAUAAACUGCAUACCGCCAAA